AUGCAGUUGCUGAUUCAACAAUAUGAGUCAUUCCAUUUCAAGGCUGGUGAAAAUUUGAGUGACACAUUUAACAUAUUUCAAAAGUUGGUAAAUAGUCUAAAGCUUUAUGGAAGAGUGUACCAGGUCAAGGAUUCAAAUUUGAAAUUCUUAAGGGCUCUUCCUAAGGAAUGGAAACCCAUGACAGUCUAUGUAAGAAACACUCAAGAAUUUAAAGACUAUACUCUUGAGAGACUGUAUGGAACUUUGAAGACUUAUGAGCUUGAAAUGGAACAAGAUGAUGAGAUUGAAAAGAAUCAAAAGAAAGGGAACUCAUUUGUGGCUCUAGUUGCAUCUGGUGAAGUGUCAGUCAAGGACAAGGGAAAAUCUCAAGUUAAAGAAAUUGAGAAGUUGGUCAAAGAAGAUAGCUCAGAAUCAAGGAAAAGAAAAGCAAAAGUGAAAGAAGAAGCUGAUUCUGGUGAGGAAAGUGAUGGGAUUGAUGAGCAUUUGGCCUUCUUGUCAAGGAGAUUCUCUAAAUUAAAAUUCAAAAAGAAUUUUAAUUCAGCAAAGCCAUUCAAGGGCAAUCCCAAGUCUGACAAAAGCAUGGUGGAUAUAUCCAAAUUUAAAUGCUUCAACUGUGCGAAUGCAUGCCACUUUGCAAAUGAAUGCAGAAAGCCUAAAGCUGAGAAGAGGUCCAAUGAAGGUGUGGAUUACAAGAAGAAAUAUUAUGAACUUCUCAAGCAAAAAGAAAGGGCAUUCAUUACAAAGGACGAUAGGGCAGCUGGAGAAGAUUCUGAUGAGGAGGAUGAGUUUGUCAAUCUUGCUCUUAUGGCCAACUCCACAGAUCAAGAAGAGAACACUACAAAUAGCAGUCAGGUAUUUACCACUAACUUAGUUGAGUUAACUAAAUAUGAAUGCAAUGCUACUAUCAAUGAAAUGUCUACAGAAUUAUAUCAGUUGCAUGUUUCUUUAAAAUCUCUCACUAAGGAAAAUAAUAGGAUCAAGGAAGCUAACACAUUUCUAAGUGAUAGAAACAAUGAUAUUUUGGUUGUUUUGAAAAGAGACGAAGCAAUCAAGAAACAGCUUAACAAGGAACAAGAGAUAAUUGCCAGAUGGAAAUUUGGAAGAGAUGUCUCUGCUAACAUCAUCAACAUCAAAGGCAGAGAGACCUUUGUUGAGAAUGAGUGGAAGAGAGACAAGAGAGUUUUUGAGAUUUCAGAUACCAGUUCAACUGAUGAGAAUAUGGAUAGUGAUCAUCCAUUGAAAACAAAAAGUUCAACGGAUGAAAGUUAUCCGUUGAAAAACAACUCAUUAGUUAACAAGAAAAUUGUCAAGAAAUUAAACAAGAAAUAUGGUCCUGUUAACAAGAAUUUUGUUAAGGGGGAGAGUAAUUCUUCUGAUACUAAUGAGAGUGUGAAUAAAAAUCACAAUCCUAAUAAAAAGCUUGAGAAGAAAUUGGAUGGAAACAAUAAGAAGAAUUUGUGUUACUUAGAUAGUGGAUGCUCUAGGCAUAUGACUGGUGAUUCUUCCCUGCUCACAAAGUUUGUAGAGAAAGCUGGCCCUAGCAUUACCUUUGGAGAUGACAGCAAAGGAUAUACUAUGGGAUAUGGCUUGAUAGCAAAAGAAAAUGUCAUCAUUGAUGAAGUUGCAUUAGUGUCUGGUCUUGAGCAUAAUUUGCUUAGCAUCAGUCAACUUUGUGACAAAGGUUUCAAAGUUAGUUUCACUCCUGCAACAUGUGUUGUCACCAAGGGAUAUGACAACAAUGUGGUUCUAGUUGGACAUAGAAAAGGAAAUGUGUAUGUAGCUGACUUCAACUCUUUUAAAUCUGAUUCCAUCACUUGUUUAUUCAGCAAAGCAAGCUCAGAUGACAGUUGGCUAUGGCACAAAAGAUUGUCUCAUCUAAAUUUCAAGCAAAUAAAUGAAUUGGUUAAGAAAGAUCUGGUUAGAGGAAUUCCAAAGUUGGAAUUUUCCGAAGAUGGCAUGUGUGGAGCAUGUCAGCAAGGAAAGCAAAAGAGAAGCUCUUUCAAAAGCAAGGUUCUUUCAUCUAUUGUGAAGCCACUUCAAUUUCUACAUAUGGAUUUGUUUGGCAGUUAA